UAGGCAGGGCGGCGAAGAGACUGGGUGGCGGUUGCUGCGGCUCGCGAGGAUAGGCGCACGGGGUUUGCGGGCAGCGCUAUAUGAUGUGAACGGCUGCGGGUCUCCGCAGCGCGCCCGACGGGCGGCGAUGGCCGGAGCCUGGCGCGGGAGCAGCCGCUGUCGCCUAUAGGAAGCGCCGGGGGUAGCCGGGCGGCGCGGAGAGUCGGUCGGGCCGUGAAGCGCUUGUCCCGUCACUGCCCCCCGGCGGCGGGUGCAUGUGGGGAACGGCCCGGGGGCAGCGCACAGAGCCCCGGCCGGGACUUGCGACCCCCUCUGCCCGCCAUGUCCUCCUCGUCCAGCUCUUCGCAGACCCCGCCCGGGCACCACCCGCCGCAGAGGAUGAGGCGCGGCGCCGCCGGGUCACCCACCGCGGCUAACGGCGCCGCCGGCAACGGUGCGGGGGGAGGCGCCGCCAGCAGCGCCGGGACCAGCCGGCUGCUGCAGCCCAUCCGAGCGACCGUGCCCUAUCAGCUCCUGCGGGGCAGCCAGCACAGCCCGACCCGCUCCCCUUCCGCCUCGGUGGGGAGCAACACCGGGCCGGCGGGCGGCGGAGGGGGCCGUGGAAGCAGUCCGCCCAGCCCGACGCCGCCGCUGGCAGUGGCUGCCCCCCCGGGAAGCUGCGUGGCGGACCCGGGGAGGGUGAAGGGCAGGCAGCGGCGCUCGCCGGAGAGCGGUGGCAGCAGGAAGAGCAGCUCACCUGAGAGACGGAGCCCCAGCUCCCCAGUGUACCGAGAGACAUACAAGUGUACAGUGUUACUCUGAAUUCUGGGAAAUCAAAUGGGAGGUCAACCGAAACAAAACAGACUUGAUGCAUAUAAUUAAGCGUGAACAUUAAAGCUGAUGACAAAUACUAUUAUAAAUCGGUUCCCAGGCCUAACUUUGUGAUAAGGAUUGUAAUGUUGCAGUGUGUGAGUGUCUGCACUUCAAAUGGAGCGUGGGAUGUGGAUAAUUACCUGUGGUUGGAGAGAAGUACUGCAGAGCUGUUAAAUAUUUCAUUAAUGUAUUAU